CGUAAAUUCAAACUCUUGGCUUAGAAAAGCCAAAGACUAGCUCACCAUGGGGGGAACUUUAGCCUUUUAACCCACCAUGUCCAAUUCACCUUUCGCGGCUAAUGACCCUGGGAGGCACAGAAGAAGCUCGUCACAGAUAUUAAGUUCAGUACCCGGCGAAGAGAACUUGACACCAGAGGAACGCCAUAUCUAUCCGCAGCUCUUUAAGGCGGCAGAUAUUGAUGGAAAAGGAAUUGUACUUGGGGAAGAAGCUGUAGAAUUCUUCAAAAAGUCGGGUCUUCCAUCUCAUGUAUUGUCCGAGAUUUGGACAGCGGCCGAUGAUGAACAGAGAGGCUUUUUGACACAACAGGAGUUUUACGUUGCGCUGAAACUUAUCGCAUGUUUCCAAAACGGUCAAACGGCUGCAGUCCCUGUUUUCAGCACAGUAGUACCUCCUCCGCGUUUUGAUGGUGUUUAUGUUGAGCCCUACCCUACAACUCACAACGGCGUGUCGGCAAUGGCGUCACAAUUGGACAGCAUUAAAGCGGACGAACGAGAGAGGUUUAUACGAAUUUUUCGAACGAAUAGCUCUCCAGAUGGGUUCAUGGAAGGCACUCAUGCGCACAGACUAUUCGAAAAAUCAAAUUUACCACCAGAUACCCUUAGCAAACUUUGGAACUUGGCCAACAUGAGGCGGACUGGUUCCCUUAAUCAAACCGAGUUUGUUAUUGCCAUGUUUUAUAUUUCACGCCUAAUGGACCAUACGCUGGAUAGUCUACCAUCCUCCAUUCCAGCCUCCAUUUACAACUCUGCUGCGGGUCGUCCUGGCUCACCCACCUUAUCUAGGCAGAAUACCAUAACGUCACCAGUCCUAAGAAACAAUACCGGACAAUCCGUUGCAGCUACAUUUGGACAGGCUGCGUUUGCGGACGUGCUGGAUGAUGCUUGGGCUAUACCACACGAUCAACGAACAAAGUCCAAAGCUUUUUUCCAACAGCUUGACCCUCGUCAGACUGGCUAUGUUUCUGGUGCCGAUGCUGGUAACUUCUUCCGUAAUGCUGGUUUACCUCAGACCGAUCUGGAGCAAAUAUGGUCGUUGGCUGCUAUUCAAGGUGGAGACCGACUGUCGGCAGAUGAAUUUACUGUGGCCAUGUACCUUAUACACGAGCGAUUGAGCGGGAAACCCAUCCCUUUAACACUCCCAAGAGAUGUCAUCCCUCCAAGUCUACAAUCACUUCGUAAUAACCUCGUACGACACAACACCAUCUCAAAUCCUUUUCCCACUUCUCCAACAUUGGCGAGACCAUCCUUACCUGCCACACCGUCCCCUUUCCAAUCAACUACUUCGGAUAACCUGUUUAAUGACGUGGAUGCCCUUCAAAGUGCCCAGAACACCAUGGCUAGUCAGAGAAGAACACUGGAGACCAAGUUUGCCACAAUGAAGACUCAGACACAGACAAACACGAUUCGACUUGAACAAGUUCGCAAUUUGUAUGAAUCUGAGGCCAGAGCUGUUCGUAAGCUUGAAUCGGAAAUUGCCACGGAACAACCUGGUUUUGAUCGAGCCAAGGCAGAAUUGGAACAAGCAGAGUAUCAAUUGCAGCAACUUAAGCAACAAAAAGAGCAGUAUGAUCAACAGCUGAUGAAUGGACGGAACGAGUCGGAAAGAAUGAAACAACGAGUCAAGGUGAUAUACGAAGAAUGCACUCAAGAAAACCUUUCAGGGUACUAAACCGCAACAAGGAAAGCAAACUUCAUUGGAUUCCAUGUCUGACUUUAAAUCACACUUUUCCGACGUUGACAAGGUUGGAGAGUCAUCUGAGGCCCAGUUGUCUCCGAAAGUGACAACGAAGCAGCCAAGCCCAAAAGCGCCAAAAUCAACAAGUGUGGAUAUCAGU